AUGGCCUUCCAAGCCACUAUCCCGCGGCCAAGUGUUGCCUCUGUACAGACAGAUAUUUGGCCAUCCGUAUCUUCGCUACUUGCGACUCCCUUCCAAAGGGCCGGUCGUACCCCGGUUGCCGGAACCCACGAGACCAUCCAAAAAACACCCUCUCGGGAGCAUAAUGUCGCGGUCCACGAUCGCGUGUCGGUUCCUGAAUUCUUGAACACCAUUUCGUUGAGCGGACUGAAGGCGGAUAUGAUCAACCAACCCGCUCGGCGUAAUCUGUCUGGGCUUUUAACUGGAGGGAAUCCCAUGUGGAACUCGAAUCCCGCGGCCGGUGGUCCUACUUCCUCGACGGUUCGGUCCUUUGCAACCUUAACACCCUUCCGCCUUCGCUCUCUACAUGCGGCUCCCAAGACCAAUGGCCUUCUUAAAGAUCAGCAGCAGCGAUUCUUGUUUGGUAGCUCCCGCUCCUCGCAGAACAUGCUAGCCCAGAAAGAGAAGACUGCCAACAACAACCCGAACAGCGCCAACGCUCAGAAUGCCUUCUACCAAGCCCUAUUGCGUGCAGAUAUGCCUAGGAUCAUUGUCGAACGUCAUCAGUCAGCUCACUUUGCGAGCAACGAAAUGACCGAGAACGUCUAUAACAAGGCUUUAAUGCAGCUCGCCCGGACCUCGGCCUUUGGUACUGCUGCAGGCGGACAGAAUGCUCAAAACUUUACUCCCGAACAACUCCAAGCUGUUGGCCAGGCUGUUGCCGCGCGCAGUGUGGGUGGUCAGGUCGGCAUAUCUAACAAGGCCAGCGGUACUGGUGCCAAGGAUUCUCCUCUCUAUGUUGUGGUGGAGCAAUCCCUCAGCGCUUGGAUCUUUCGCUGGAUCAGGUUCGCAUUCAUAUUUGGCGCCUUUGCUUACUUAUCUUUGAUAGUACUCAAUAUCAUACUUGAAACCACUGGUAUUCUGAAGAACCUAAAGGGCGCGCAAAGCAAUGAAGCGCAGCCUUCUCAACAGACUGUCCGUUUCAGCGAUGUACACGGCUGUGACGAGGCUAAGGAUGAGCUUCAGGAACUGGUGGAGUUCUUGCUAAACCCUGAGCGAUUCUCAUCUCUGGGUGGCAAGCUUCCUAAAGGUGUUCUCCUGGUCGGUCCCCCUGGUACUGGUAAAACUUUGCUUGCUCGCGCGGUGGCUGGAGAAGCCGGCGUGCCGUUCUUCUACAUGUCAGGAUCUGAAUUCGAUGAGGUCUAUGUGGGUGUUGGUGCCAAGCGUGUUCGCGAACUUUUCAGCCAAGCUCGUGGCAAAUCCCCGGCAAUCAUCUUCAUUGAUGAGCUUGAUGCCAUAGGUGCUAAGAGAAAUGAACGUGAUGCCGCUUAUGUCAAGCAAACAUUGAAUCAGCUUCUUACCGAAUUAGAUGGUUUCUCUCAGACCAGUGGUGUUAUCAUUAUCGGUGCUACCAACUAUCCCCAGCUUCUGGAUAAGGCUUUAACUCGACCUGGACGUUUCGACCGGAAGGUCGUAGUUGGUCUUCCUGACGUUCGCGGACGUAUGGAUAUUCUCCGUCAUCACAUGAAAGAAGUCCAACAUAGUACUGAUGUUGAUCUCGCCGUCAUUGCUCGUGGUACCCCAGGUUUCUCCGGUGCUGACCUUGAGAAUCUCGUCAACCAAGCCGCUAUUCAUGCUAGUCGUGACCGCAAAACUAAGGUUGGACCUUUGGAUUUCGACUGGGCUAAAGACAGGAUCAUGAUGGGUGCUGAGGCUAGGAGCCGCAUCAUUCAAGACAAGGACAAGCUCUUGACAGCCUACCACGAAGCUGGUCAUGCUCUAGUUGCUUACUUCUCUUCAUCCGCCACCCCGCUUUACAAAAUUACGAUUGUUCCUCGCGGCAUGGCCCUGGGUAUCACUCACUUUUUGCCUGAAAUGGACACUGUAUCCAGGAACUAUACAGAGUACUUGUCUGAUAUUGCGGUCGCUAUGGGAGGCAAGGCUGCGGAAGAGUUGAUCUUCGGCGAAGAUAACGUCACCAGUGGCAUUUCUGCAGAUAUUCAACAAGCAACCGAAACCGCCUUUACUCUGAUCACACGAUUCGGCUACUCCAAGAAACUAGGCAACGUUGACCUCUCAACCAACUACGACAGCCUCUCCUCUGAGACGAAACAAGAAAUCGAGGGUGAAGUACGCCGUCUUGUCGAGGAAGCUCGUGCCCGCGCGAACAAGAUCCUCACCGAAAAGCGCAAUGAACUGGAACUUCUCUCCAAGGCCCUUAUAGAGUACGAAACACUCACGAAGGAAGAAAUGGAAAAAGUACUUAAAGGAGAGAAGCUAGAUAAGCUUAGCUCAUCGCCUAGUGCACCGCUCAAGUUGCCCGAAGCCUUACAGGCAGCUAAUCUACAAGCCGCUACUGCUGCGGAGGAGCCUCGCACUCCGGCCGAAUAA